AUGCUGAGGUUAGUGACUAGGAGCUUACCAAGAGUAACCCAUUCUGCUGCUGCGGGUGCGCUGGUGAGCGGAUCUUUACUUCGCUCAUUCUCGAAUAGUGCGAGAUUCAAUAACAUUGUCGCUGAAGAUGAAGCAAAAAUCGUCUUGAAGAACAAGAACAGGCCUUUGAGAGUUGACAGAGAGCUGCCUGACCCAACUAGGGAGAGAAAGAAGCGAAUACUAGGGUUCGUGGCGUUUUCUGUAGCCAUGGGGUCCGCACUAUCGUUGAUCUUCAACUAUGAAAAGACCGAGUCCCCCAUCAUCUCCAACACGCUGUACCAUAUAAGACGGUCACCAGCAACCAGAAACAUAUUGGGGGAAAGCAUAGAAUUUGACGGUAUCAUCCCGUGGGUCUAUGGUGAACUGAAUUCUGUCAAGGGUAGAAUUAACAUCACUUUCUAUAUCAAGGGGGAUAAGAACGUUUCUGGAACUGUCAGACUGGUCGCCGAUAAAAACACACAUGACGAGGAGUUCUUGAUUCAUGAAUGGAGUGUCACCGCCGCUGGCAAGAAGAUUGACUUAUUAGCAGAGAACUCCAAGAGACCAAUUUAG